GGAAGCGCCCGGCCGCCCCGGGCGGCGGCACCGCGGCCGCUCGUUCUCCCGCGCCUCCGGGCCCGCCGCCCGCGUCCCGCGCGGCUCCGGGGCCGCCAACCUCCCCGGGCGCCCGGCUCCCCCGCGCGCAAGAUGGCUGACCCGGCUGCGGGGCCGCCGCCGGGCGAGGGCGAGGAGAGCACCGUGCGCUUCGCCCGCAAAGGCGCCCUCCGCCAGAAGAACGUGCACGAGGUGAAGAACCACAAAUUCACCGCCCGCUUCUUCAAGCAGCCCACCUUCUGCAGCCACUGCACCGACUUCAUCUGGGGCUUCGGGAAGCAAGGAUUCCAGUGCCAAGUCUGCUGUUUCGUUGUGCACAAGCGGUGCCAUGAGUUCGUCACUUUCUCCUGCCCGGGUGCUGACAAGGGCCCUGCCUCUGAUGACCCCCGGAGCAAACACAAGUUCAAGAUCCACACCUACUCCAGCCCCACCUUCUGCGAUCACUGCGGCUCGCUGCUCUACGGCCUCAUCCACCAGGGCAUGAAAUGCGACACCUGCAUGAUGAACGUGCACAAGCGCUGCGUGAUGAACGUGCCCAGCCUGUGCGGAACCGACCACACGGAGCGCCGCGGCCGCAUCUACAUCCAGGCGCACAUCGAGCGGGAAGUUCUCAUCGUCGUCGUGAGAGAUGCGAAAAACCUGGUACCCAUGGACCCUAAUGGCUUGUCAGAUCCUUAUGUGAAGCUGAAAUUGAUUCCGGACCCCAAAAGUGAGAGCAAGCAGAAAACCAAAACCAUCAAGUGCUCCCUCAACCCUGAGUGGAAUGAGACAUUUAAAUUCCAACUGAAAGAGUCAGACAAGGACAGGCGACUGUCGGUUGAGAUCUGGGACUGGGACCUGACCAGCAGAAAUGACUUCAUGGGCUCAUUGUCAUUUGGCAUCUCGGAGCUGCAGAAAGCUGGCGUGGAUGGCUGGUUCAAGCUGCUGAGCCAGGAGGAAGGAGAGUAUUUCAAUGUGCCUGUGCCACCCGAAGGAGGGGAAGGCAAUGAGGAGCUGCGGCAGAAAUUCGAGAGGGCCAAGAUUGCCCAGGGGUCCAAGACCCCUGAAGAGAAAACAACGAACACCAUCUCCAAAUUUGAGAACAAUGGUAACAGGGACCGGAUGAAACUGACCGACUUCAACUUCCUGAUGGUGCUGGGCAAAGGAAGCUUCGGCAAGGUUAUGCUUUCUGAGCGCAAAGGCACGGAUGAGCUCUAUGCAGUGAAGAUUCUGAAGAAGGAUGUGGUGAUCCAGGAUGACGACGUGGAGUGCACCAUGGUGGAGAAGCGGGUGCUGGCCCUGCCUGGGAAGCCGCCCUUCCUUACCCAGCUUCACUCCUGCUUCCAGACCAUGGAUCGUUUGUACUUUGUGAUGGAAUAUGUAAAUGGGGGUGACCUCAUGUACCACAUCCAGCAAGUUGGCCGGUUUAAGGAACCUCAUGCUGUAUUUUAUGCUGCAGAAAUCGCCAUCGGUCUGUUCUUCUUACAGAGCAAAGGUAUCAUUUACCGAGAUCUCAAACUUGACAAUGUGAUGCUGGACUCAGAGGGUCACAUCAAGAUUGCAGACUUUGGUAUGUGCAAAGAGAAUAUCUGGGAUGGGGUGACCACCAAGACGUUCUGUGGAACCCCAGACUACAUCGCCCCAGAGAUCAUUGCAUACCAGCCCUAUGGGAAGUCGGUGGACUGGUGGGCGUUCGGAGUCCUGCUGUAUGAAAUGCUGGCCGGCCAGGCACCUUUUGAAGGGGAGGAUGAGGAUGAGCUUUUUCAGUCCAUCAUGGAGCACAACGUGGCAUAUCCCAAGUCCAUGUCCAAGGAGGCCGUGGCUAUCUGCAAAGGGCUGAUGACUAAACACCCGGGGAAACGUCUAGGUUGUGGCCCCGAAGGUGAACGAGACAUCAAGGAACAUGCAUUUUUCCGGUAUAUUGACUGGGAGAAACUUGAACGCAAAGAGAUCCAGCCCCCGUACAAGCCCAAAGCCUGUGGGCGAAAUGCUGAAAACUUCGACCGGUUUUUCACCCGCCAUCCACCCGUCCUAACACCUCCUGACCAGGAAGUCAUCAGGAAUAUUGACCAAUCAGAAUUCGAAGGAUUUUCCUUUGUUAACUCUGAAUUUUUAAAACCUGAAGUCAAGAGCUAAGUAGCUGUGUAGAUCUCCGUCCUUCAUUCUGUCAUUCCAACUCAACGGCUACUGUGGUGACAUUAUUUUUUUUUUAUUGCAAACUUGCAUUCAUGUUUUCUUUGCUGAUGAGACUAAAGUGACCAUGUUUCAGAACCCAAAUGCCUUCAGGUAGUUUGGGGUGUCUUCAGGAGAUGGAAUUAUGCAGAUGGCGUGUAGAAAAAACUGCUGCAUAAUUAACACAUUAGCCAAGGCCUCUUAUAAUUUACUUUCCCCAGCAUGUCAGCUGAAUAGGUCCAGUGGGGACAGAAAAAAAAGCCUGCUUCCUUUUUUUUCUUUCUUUUCUACCUCCUGCUCCAUCAUUUUCCUGUAUCAUUUUUUCUAAGCCUCCAAGGUAGAUGCUCCCUACCCAGUAAUGCUUGCCAGAUUCUUCCAGCUCAGACCUUCCUUAGUUUAGCUUGCCCUCAACAAGUCCGUGGCAGCUUUGACAAGGGGGGACUUUCUCCUUCCUGUCUGGUGUGGAGGACCCCCAAGCUUUGUCUGCAAAGAGCAUGCAAAAAGUGAAACUUGACUUGUUAUUCUGACUUUUCAACUCAGAAUUAAGAGAAUGAUCAAAUAAAACUCCUUUCUAGAUGCCAAGAGUCAGGACCAGAGAGAUGGGGACAGUGGGGAAGGCUCUUGCCUUACACUAACCCAAGUUCCAUCUCCGGCACUGCAUAUGGUCCUCACCAAAUUCCUCUAAAGAAUUAUCCCUGAGCACAGAGCCAGGAGUAAGCCCUGAGUACUACCAGGCUUAGCAAAAACAAAACAAAACAAAACAAACAAACAAAAAACAUAAAGGCAAAACAAAAGCCAAAAAUGUGCUUUUCGUCAAUUUUCAGCUAAAAACACCUCCUAGUGACAAAAGGCAUUCAGUUUGGAUGUACCUCAGUACUGUCAAUUUCUGAGACUCUGUCCCAGGGUCCCUUCUCCCCAAACUCCCUUGGAAAACAUUUGGUGGCUUUCUGACAAGACAUGGUCACUCUAGCAAGGCCCUCAAAGGGCCCUGGUUUUACAUCACAUUUCAAACUUUAUUUGCUUUGGGGUUUUAUUUCUGUUUGUUGUUCAAAUGCAAAAGAAAAGAAAAGAAUAACUCUCUUUGUUACACAUGCUUUGCCAUGCGUGUCCGAAUGUUAUUAACCACAACAACCUUCGAUUUCCAGAGAAGAUGGUGGUGGCAGAGCCUGGUACCCUGUUUUCCGAUGCGGAUGGGGGUGACUGGUAUGGCUGCUGGCUUGGGAAAGCUAAUUAAGCUCUCCAAGA